GAAGAUUGAUUUCAACAGGAUGGAGGAAGCUCUCCGAAAACAGGAAGAGGCAGCAAAGGAGAAACUGGAAAGAUCCCAGGCUUCCCAUAGAGCCCAGCUGGAUGAGGCUCUGGCUCAACGUGUCCCCUCCCCACCCAGGGAAACAGAGCAUCUGAAAUCCCAGAUGGGAAAAAUCUGCAACAGGCUGCGAAAAGCCCUAAAAGAUCUGGACCUGCAGUACUUCAUUUCCGAAGACCUGAAAGUGGAAUUUGAGCAGGUGAAGGGAGAGAAGGAGGCCUUGAAAAAGGAAGUGGAGGAUCAGAAGAUGGCGGUUUGUAAGGAGAGAAAGAUGCUCAAGGUAGGUAAGACCAACGUGGAGUUAGAGUUGGAGAACUGUCUGGAGAUGGAGAGGGCUCAAGCUCAGGAGCAACAGGAUAAACUGAGCAAGAUGGAGGAAGCUCUCCGAAAACAGGAAGAAGCGGCAAAGGAGAAACUGGAAAGUUCCCGGGCUUUCCUAAGAGCCCAGCUGGAUGAGGCUCUGGCUCAACGUGUCCCCUCCCCACCCAGGGAAACAGAGCAUCUGAAAUCCCAGAUGGGAAAAAUCAGCAACAGGCUGCGAAAAGCCCUGAAAGACCUGGACCUUCAGUAUUUCAUUAAUGAAGACCUGAAAGUUGAAUUGGAGCAGAUGAAGGGAGAGAAGGAGGUCCUGAAAAAGGAAGUGGAGGAUCAGAAGAUGGAGCUUUAUAAGGAGAGACAGAUGCUCAAGGUAAGUCAGACCAACGUGGAGUUAGAGUUGGAGAGCUGUCUGGAGAUGGAGAGGGCUCAAGCUCAGGAGCUGCAGGAUAAACUGAGCAAGAUGGAGGAAGCUCUCCGAGAACAGGAGGAGGAAAAGACAAUACUGGAAAGAUCCCAGGCUGCCCAUAGAGCCCAGCUGGAGAUGCAGGACCUGAACAACAAGGACCUCAUGGCUGCUCUUGAGAAGAAGUUUGAACAGCAGCUGGAGAGUCAUCUCAACGAGUGGAAGGAAGACAAGUCAUCCCUCCUUCAGGCCACAGAAAGCCUGAAGCUGACUCAGCAGGAAAAGGAGCAGGAGUGGGAGAGGACCGAGACCACCAUGAGGUCCCAGCUGGAAGAUCUUCAGAGCCAGAUGAUGCAAAAGCAGAAGAGGAAGAAGUGGUACAGGAAGCUUCUGCCUGGGUGA